UAGCCACCCUUUUUGAGGAUAAAACCUUUUUCCUCGUCAAUUAAAAGAGGAAGGAUUCAAUCAAGCAGUUAAUUUGGUUUAUUGUAGCUAUAUUUAAUGUAUCAUUGCCUUGCACAGGAGAAUGCGUGACGUACAGCCAAGUCAAUGUCAGCAGUUCUUCAAGAAUCAGUCGGAGGGAGACAGAAUGCACAGCAUCAAGCCAGCGACAGCAGAAAGUGCAGUCGAACCGAGAGGACCUGUGUCGCCAACGGGCUGAUAACCACUGCACGGAUGCCUGGUCCAUAACGGAUAUCACACUGAAUUUAUUGUUUUAAUUUCAUCGUAUGGUUUAGCUGUAGGACGCUGAAUAACAACCGUUCUUUUUCGCGGCAUCGCAGUUGGUCUUUCAUUCAACAACCGUUCUUUUUCGCUGAAUCGCACCAUCGCAGUUGGUCUUUCAUUCGGAAGGCUUGCCCUUUCUCCGGGAGUCUGGAUGGAAGCAGCACUGCCAGUAGCCGAGGGAGCGGUUGGGCUGUCAGAGGCCAGGGAAGCGAGUCCUUUUUCCGGGGCCACAGCAUCCGAGGAUGCGGACACUGUCAUUGGAGUAAGCUAUGGAAUGGAUAGCGACUUCGAUUUUUCUGCUAGAAAAGCACACAUCACUGAGCUGCCUGGUGUCUCAGGCCUACCAGGCCAGGGGAAGAGGAUGGGCCACAGGGGAGUGGACGCGUCCGGAGAGACCACCUACAAGAAGACCACGUCGUCUGCCCUGAAAGGUGCCAUCCAGCUGGGCAUCGGCUACACAGUGGGCAACCUGAGCUCCAAGCCUGAGAGAGACGUCCUCAUGCAGGACUUCUAUGUGGUGGAGAGCGUCUUCUUUCCCAGUGAAGGCAGCAACCUGACUCCAGCACACCACUUCCCAGACUUCCGCUUCAAGACGUACGCUCCCGUGGCCUUCCGCUACUUCAGGGAGCUCUUUGGGAUCAGGCCCGAUGACUACCUGUACUCCCUGUGUAACGAGCCCCUGAUUGAGUUGUCCAACCCCGGGGCCAGUGGCUCUGUGUUCUACCUGACCAAGGACGAUGAGUUCAUCAUCAAGACCGUUAUGCACAAGGAGGCCGAGUUUCUACAGAAGCUGCUGCCUGGCUACUACAUGAACCUCAACCAGAACCCUCGUACCCUGCUCCCCAAGUUCUUCGGCCUGUACUGCAUCCAGUCUGGCGGUAAGAACAUCCGCAUGGUGGUCAUGAACAACGUUCUACCGCGCGCCGUCCGCAUGCACCUCAAGUUCGACCUGAAGGGCUCCACGUACAAACGCUGUGCCUCCAAGAAGGAGAGACAGAAGGCCAAGCCCACCUUCAAAGACCUGGACUUCAUGCAGGACCUGCAGGAUGGCCUGAUGCUGGACCAGGAUAUGUACAGCGCUCUGGUCAAGACACUGCAGAGAGACUGUCUGGUGCUGGAGAGCUUUAAGAUCAUGGACUACAGCUUGCUGCUGGGGGUCCAUAACAUCGACCAGGCAGAGCGGGAGCAGCAGAUGGAGGGAGGAGAGAAGGAUGAGAAGAGGCCCGUGGCCCAGAAGGCCCUCUACUCCACCGCCAUGGAGUCCAUCCAGGGAGGGGCCGCCUGCGGAGAGUCUAUUGACACCGAUGACACGAUGGGCGGCAUCCCAGCAGUCAACGGGAAAGGAGAGCGUCUACUCCUCUACAUCGGAAUCAUCGACAUCCUGCAAUCCUACAGGUUAAUAAAGAAACUGGAGCACACGUGGAAGGCUUUGGUUCACGAUGGGGACACCGUAUCAGUCCAUCGGCCUGGCUUCUAUGCAGACAGGUUCUUCAAAUUCAUGAGCAGCAAUGUGUUCAAGAAGAGCUCCUCCUUGAAGUCUUCUCCCAUUAAGAAGGGUCGUGUGGGCCUGACGGUGCCUAAGUACACUGGCCCUGGAGCCGCCUGGUCAGCCAGCCAGUUGCCCUCGGAGGGAGACGAUAACAUAUACGACCUGAGAGGAGCACGCAGCUUCCCCACGCUGGAGGACGAGGGGCGACCAGACCUUCUACCCUGCACCCCUCCAUCGUUUGAGGAGGCGACCACGGCCUCCAUCGCCACCACACUCUCCUCCACCACCUCUCUGUCCAUCCCAGAGAGGUCUCCCUCAGAUGCUGGAGCAGAGAACCCCCGCUACAGGUACCAGAACAACAGCUCUGAGAGAAGGAGGCACACCCACUCUGUCAGCCAUGACGGGAGGACCCAGGAGGAGGUGCGUGAGGAGGAGCAGCAGACCAUCACGGUGGAGGUGGAGGUGAAGAGACAUGACAGCGAGCCCAUCAUCACGGCCCCACAGCCAUCUCCAGAGACCAGUGUGAUACCAGAGGUAGCUGAGGCUUCUGCUGAUGUUGUUGCCCCACCCUCCACCUCUCCCCCGGCUCCUGAGGCCUCUGCUGCUGAGGACCCUGACCCAGAGGCCCCUGCCAGUUCCAAGUUGGUGGUGGUGGAGGUUGAGGGGGACCGCCGGGGCAGCAUGGUGUCAGGGUCCGGCUGCACCAGCCAAGCCUCCCAGGAUGACGAGGAUGACGUAAAAAUCACAGACAUCUACUUUCCCCCAGAGGACAGGACCUGGGUGUACUCCCCUCUGCACUAUGGCAGUGAGUCUAAUACCUUGCCGGAUGGGGAGGAGAGCGAGACAUAAACACUCCUCCAUAGAGCUGAGAGGAGAAUGACUCUGUGGAGAGAGGAGCCAUCAGAUUGAUCCCCAGGCCUUUGAGUGGCAGGCAGCAGAAUGAUUCCAGUCCCGACCUGUAUUUUAAACCAUGGAUACAAAAGCAGAACAGACGAAAUACUGUGAGGAAACCCCCCUAGACAUCCCGUUAUCAUUGUGUUGAUGAUAUGAUCCAUUCCUCUCCUUUCACCCCCACCUCAACCAAAAAUGACCCUACCAUGAUAAAAACAGGGCCUCAAAUGGCUAUGCUACGUCUAGCAUGCCCCAUGAGAACAGGGGCGUUGAGUCGUCUCUGUUACUCGCCACACAUUCCCAACGGUUGAUUAAGUCAAAUGGUCACAUGUAUUUUAUUGAUAUCAUGUUAAUUUAUAUUGUUUGCUUUUUCUUUGUUUUUAGUUUAGUUUCUUUAUUUUCUGAACUUUUUUCCCCACUUUAUUUAUUUUCAUAAACAGAAAAAAUUAUUGCUAGACUGUGUUUCACAAAACAUGAUUUUGUGCAUAUUUAUAAGCCUACUGUAUUAUUUGACAGGUUUAUUUUUUAGUUGUCAAGUAUUUAUUUUGACAUUUCUAUCACAGUAUUGCUACACUUCCCAUACACUCCUGCUGAAUGCACCUCUCAUGAGUCUCCAAGCCUCAAAACCAGAUCAUUGCAACACUAACUAAUGUUGAGACAUUGUCUAUCAUUUCAGAAUCCUACAUCAUUACAAUGUCUUCCAGGACCACCCAGCUUUUGGAUAAAUGCAACAACAACAAAAAAUUCCAAGCAUAAUGAGUUAUUGAGUUCUCUUAAUAUGAAAUUAAAUGCCAACAGUUUAGCAAUCAAACUUUGGCUCUGGAUUUGAGCUCUGCUGGACAUGGGUAUUAGCCAGGCUAGUAGGCUAACUCAAAGUCCUCCUGACUUCAGAGUCUGGAAAGGCUAUUUUGACGUCGGCACGAUGCGACGAUAAGGAAGGGGAAGUGCUUGUUUUACUGAUUGGUUCUCUUCUGUAUUUUUCUCAUUCCAACACCCACAUGGACAGCCAUUCACAGCUCUCCAAUACAACUGUUGAAUUUUCAAAUCCAAACAACACGAGGGCUCAACCUCCCCAGGAAAAAAAAGAAAGAAAAAAAAAGUUUGAGAGAACCAAUCAAAACUCAGUACAUUCAGGAGCACAUCUCUGCACAAAUACUGCAUUUACAAUGGCCUCCUUUCCAGACCAGUGUGUCACAGCUCUCCCUUGCUGUGAGUCACUUGAGUCGGAUCAGCCAGGCUAGUGACCUUAGGCUAAUGGAUUGGAUUACUUAGGACAAAUAACAAUAUCAUAUCAUGGCCAGAAUGAAUUCAUACUUCUGUUAUUUAGUAAGGGUUAAUCAGAAAGGGAAUUCAGGCUGCACUUUAUGUACAGUGCCUUGCGAAAGUAUUCGGCCCCCUUGAACUUUGCGACCUUUUGCCACAUUUCAGGCUUCAAACAUAAAGAUAUAAAACUGUAUUUU